UACCAGCUGUUAAGUUUAAGAACCCAUAGAGCCAGCCUUUGCAUCUUCACCUCACUGGGGCAGUCUUUCACUCCUCUCCUCUCUUAGUCCCAAAAUGGCCGGCAUUAAGGAAUCAUUUUCCGGAAUUUCAGAUUCCGGCAGUCGUAUUUCCAUCUCAAACAAGAAGAAGAAAAUCUUCCUCUUUCUCAUCGCUUCCUUUCUCCUUGUUGCCUCCGUUAUCGGCAUCGUCGCCGGUGUCGCAUCACGAAAAAACUCCAGCAAAAUACCCUCCUCAGCCCAUGCCAUCCUCAAAUCCUCGUGCAGCAGUACCUUAUACCCCGACCUUUGCUACUCAGCCAUCGCCACUGUCCCCGGUGCAGCUGACAACCUAUCAACCCAAAAAGACGUAAUUGAGAUCUCUCUGAACAUUACCACCACAGCCGUUGAGCAUAACUACUUCACCAUAAAAAAGCUCCUCGCUCACGAGAAACUGACCGAACGUGAAAAGACAGCCCUCCAUGACUGUCUUGAGAUGGUCGACGAAACCCUCGACGAGCUGCACGAGACAGCGGAAGACCUCAAACAGUACCCUAACAAGAAGUCCUUAGACGAACACGCAGAGGACCUCAAGAUACUCCUCAGCGCCGCCAUGACCAAUCAAGACACCUGCAUUGAUGGCUUCUCGCAUGAGCAGGCUGACAAGGAAGUAAGGAACGCUUUGUUAAAGGGUCAAGAACAUGUGUACCACAUGUGUAGCAACGCAUUGGCCAUGAUCAAGAACAUGACGGACACUGACAUGGCCGAGGAAAAGCUGAAGAUGGGGAGAAAGCUUGGGGAGAGUACUGGAGAGAUAGAUGGGUUCCCGGGGUGGUUGUCGGCGGGAGACCGGAGGCUGUUGCAGGCGUCGACGGUGACGCCGGAUGUUACGGUGGCUUCUGAUGGGAGUGGGAAUUAUAAGACGGUGUCGGAGGCAGUGGCUGCGGCGCCGAUUAAUAGUAAUAAGAGGUAUAUAAUAAGGAUAAAGGCAGGAGUUUAUAAGGAGAAUGUGGAUGUGUCGAAGAAGAAGAAGAAUAUAAUGUUUGUGGGAGAUGGGAGGAAGAACACUAUCAUUACAGGGAGCCGGAACGUUGUGGAUGGGAGCACUACCUUCCACUCCGCUACUGUCGCUGCGGUUGGAGAAGGGUUCCUCGCUCGGGAUAUAACAUUUCAAAACACAGCGGGGCCAUCAAAGCACCAGGCCGUGGCCCUCCGAGUUGGGUCAGACAAAUCCGCAUUCUACCGCUGUGACAUGCUGGCCUACCAAGACACACUGUACGUGCACUCCCUCCGUCAAUUCUAUGUGGAUUGUCUGAUUGUAGGCACCGUGGACUUCAUCUUCGGCAAUGCAGCAGCAGUGUUCCAGAACUGUGACAUCCAUGCCCGUCGCCCCAAUUCUGGACAAAAGAACAUGCUGACGGCCCAAGGCCGAGACGACCCAAACCAAAACACUGGCAUCGUAAUACAAAAUUGUAGGAUCGCUGCAACCUCCGAUCUACAAGCAGUUAAGAGUAGUUUCCCAACUUAUCUGGGUAGGCCAUGGAAGGAAUACUCCAGGACUGUAAUCAUGCAGUCCACCAUUAGCGAUGUCAUUCAUCCCGCCGGCUGGCACGAGUGGAGUGGUAACUUUGCACUCACCACAUUGUAUUAUGCCGAGUACCAGAACACUGGACCGGGAGCUGCAACUGCCAAUCGAGUUUCGUGGAAAGGCUACAAGGUGAUUACAAGUGCAACCGAGGCUCUUCGAUUUACAGUAAGCAACUUCAUUGCAGGUGGCAGUUGGUUAGGCUCCACCGGCUUUCCCUUUUCUUCCGGUCUUUGAUUCUCGUUUUUAUCUCUCUACAUCUCCAUCAACACUUUUUUUCUACCAGCUGUGUCAAGUUUUUCAUUAUAUAUUGUAUCGAUCGAUUACUCUUAUUAGUAUCACAAUCUCCAUCGGUUUCUUCGCUUUCUUUUA